AUGUUGGUUAUGCCUCCUGUGAACUGUUUCACGCUGAUUUGCGACUCGUCGUUCCAAUGCGGGAAGAUCGUGCACAGCAUUUUCUUGGUCUCCUCGUGGUUACCUGUGUUGGACGGCUCGAUUGACGACGACCCAGAAGCGCUCCGCGACUCCAUAUCGGAGCCUGAGCCGGGCUGGGAGGCCGUGGCACUGGCCGCGAGCGAGGACAUGGUCUUGCUGGCCAGAAAGGACUGGUACGGCAGACCCCCCGUGCGCGAAACGCCCUGGUACGGCAGGAAGUGCAGAUCGCCGUCUGAGAUCAGACAGUAG